AUUUUUGCCAAAAUGUCAAAUCGUGUUACGGUGUUUGCACAUAACACGGGGUUUCUUUGUAUUUAAUUGCCGAUGCUUAAAUUUGUAAAUUGUUUUUAUCAUCCCUGCCACUCUGAUGCCAUGUUAUGUAGCCGGAGACAAAGAUUUACAGUGUCUUCGUCUUAACAUUCGAUUAGAAUGGCCGCAUCUGCUACAGAGAUUGACGAUUUCUUAAGCGGACCUCUUGUUUCGUGGCUCAAAUCAUGUAUCCCCAACCCAGACACAAUACAGGAAUAUUCCUCCUUAUUCAAUGGAGAUAUUUUAUAUCACAUUUAUCUCCAAAUAGACCCGGAGCCCUCCUUCCAUAUAACAAAGCUGACAGGUCUUGAAGACCAAGCUCUUAUACUUGGAAGGGUGAAAAAUUUUGAUGCCAUCAUAAAAAAUUUGAAAAAUUUAUAUGACGAGGAGUUAGGGAUGACACUUUUAGUUGUACCAGAAUGUAUAUGCCUAGGGAAGGCACCGGAAACAAAGCAGGGUCUUGAAAAUAUGAAGCUAUUAGUUCUAUUGCUGCUAGGUGCAGCUGUUCAGUGUCCGAAUAAAGAGAUAUUCAUCACCAGAAUCAAGGAGCUGGAUGUAGACCUACAACAUAACAUUGUGCAAUGCAUAAAACAGGUAACGGACAUGCAAACAGUAGUUCUGACACCGGAUGCGAUAGAUCUCUUCCAAUCUCCGACAAUGUUUAAUCAUAUGCGGAGAUUGGCCAAGGAGAGAGAUCAUUAUCUGCAGAACUGGGCGACUCUUGUGCUUAACGAGGACCUAUGUGAAACUGAAAAUGAGAAUAAGAAUGUCAAUCGAUCCACGCAGAACAUCAGUCAGAACAACGGUGAAAGUCAACAUUUGGCCGUAGAACUGGCUGAUUGGAAGGCAAGGUUGAGGAAACAAAGGCAGGAAUUGGAGGAAAAAUCGGAGCAGUUGUCUGAAUGUAGAGAAGAAUUGGAACAUACAAAAUUAGUCCUCGCGAAGUUGCGUACGGAGAGCCAAGAAUGGUUCAACGAAGCGAGAAAAGCUACCGGAUAUAGAGACGAAGUGGACGCCCUGAGGGAGAAGGCUGAGAGAUGUGAUCGGUUAGAACAGGAAAUCCAGAGAUACCGGGACCGGUUGGCCGAUGCGGAGUAUUAUAAGACGCGGGUUACAGAGCUGCGAGAAGAUAACAAGGCUUUGAUGGACACCAGGGACGCUUUGGAGGAACAGCUGCAAAGGGCGCGUAAGAGGGCAGAGCAGUGUCUGUCAUUGGAAGCGGCCAUGAUAAAACUCAAGAGAGAAGCCAACGACAUCGCUCUGGAAAGGGAUGCUGAUCAACAGAAGAUUCAAGAAUUAAUUGAAGAGAACAAUCAUUUGCAGUACAUAACGAGAUCGGUUUUGAGCGAAAGCAACAACAGUAACCUGGACACGGACAACGAGUGCGAGAACACCCUGGAGUCUGGAGAAAAUAGUCUAUCGGAACAAUUGACAAGCAACGCCCAGGCCAGAGCGCUGAAACUCGAACUGGAAAAUAAACGGCUGCUGUCGACUAUAGACAGUCUGAGGGAACAAUCGCUGCUAGAAGGCAGCGACAAAGUACUGGAUCUAGAGAAAGAAAAGAAAAGACUAGCUCUUAAAUGCGAACAAUUACAAGAAAAUUGCAACAGAUUCAAGCAACAGAACUCUGAACUAGAAGAAGUGUUCAAGAACGCGCUGGAAGAGAACAGAAAACUGCAAGACUCUAUCGACAGUCAGAAAGCUUUCAUAGACAGACAAUCUAUAGAUAGAGAUUCAGAGAAAAACAAAUUACAGGACUUCGAAAAUCAUUUGGAGUCAUUGACCAAAGACAAGCAGAGGAUGCAAAUGCUAUGCGAGUCAAUACAGAGGAGAGCCGACGAUCUCGAGAGGACUUUGGACGCUAGGACCAAGGAACUCAACAAUAUCAAACCUGAAGCAGAAAAGGCCACCUUACUGAUAAUACAAACAGAGGAAUUGAAAACUAAGCUGACGUACAGCGAGAAGGAAAGCCACAGCUUACAGAGAGAAGUUAACAAAUUACGUGAAGCGGUCGAGGAGAAAGACGUUAUCAUAGAUAGGAUAAGCACUGAGAUAGAAAUAAAGAAUAAAGAAAUAGAAAGAUUGGCUAGACAGAUAGAGAUCAAUCAGAAUUUGAGUAGUAGACUGCAGGACUUGGAACAGAAGACUCAGGAGUUGAAGUCACAUAAGAAAGUGGACACGGAAACGAUACAGAUGCUGCAGAAAGAUCUUAUAUCAGAGAAGGUUAAUUUUGAUAAAUUAAGAAAUUGCAUGGAGAAGAUCGGCAUCAAUACAUCCGAUGUCAUAUCCAAAGAUGUCAGCGUGGAGGACUUGUUGGACAGAAUAAUAACCAACGUAGACCACGAGGCUUUAAUAUCUGAAAUAACCUCAAAGACUAUUUGCUCAAAAUCGGUACCGUGUAACUGUCAUAAUACGGAAAAACCGGAAAUCGACGAAAACGUUAUUAACCCGCAGAUCGAACAAUUGAAUGCGGACUUGGCGGCCCUACAAGUGUCGCUUGAGAAUUGUCAAGCUGAAAACGCUAAGUUACAAGUUAACAUAGCUACGUUAAAUUCACAAAACGGCUCCCUCAUCUCCCAACAAAUGACGUUACAACUGGCCAACAGUCAGUUGGCGGCGGAGAAAGACGAAAUCAUGAAACAAUUGGAAGUUUUAAAAGACAAACAAGAUGAUCUACUCCGAGACCAAGUGGCGCUGCAAACGUUACACGAACAGUUGAACAUGGAAUACGAAAUGUUACUCAGCGAGAAGGAACCCGUUAAGGCCGCUAUAAGAGAUUUGAAGAUCGAGAACAGGGAGCUGAAGGAAAAACUGACCGGCUAUGAGAAAAAAAUAGCCGAUUUCGAAUUAGAGAGAGAAAAUCUUAAGAUAGAGUCGAGAAAUCUGACAAACCUUAGAGCUGAACACUCCAAGUUGAAGGAGGACUUUAGAAAUUUGUUCACAGCGAGCGAUAGGCUUAAAAACGAAUACAGGAACAUGCAAGACGAAUACAGGAAUCUUAGAAGCGAAGUCUCACAACUCAAACUGAGGAACACGGAAAUGUCCGGAGAAAUUAACACGAAAGUGGAAGUCAUAACUAGUAUGGAAUUAGAAAUAAGCAAAACAAAUCAACACUGCGAGAUGCUCAUACUGAUGAACAAAAACUUGGACGCCGACAGACGGUCCUUGAUGGACCACGUGUCACAACUCCUGACCCAGUAUCACGAACUGUUGGCGCACUCGUUGAAGGACAAGCAGCAUUAUCACGAAGAAGAGAAGAUGUUCGCCGACAGAGUGAAUGCCUUAUGUCGACAAAAGGAAAAACUGGAGGAGAAGAUCAUGGAACAUUACAAAAAGUUAGACAACUGCACAACAAAGAGACGCGGCUUCGGCGCCUCGUUCGUGAAACGAGUGCGAAAAGCCGGCACUGAUUUGAUCAACAAAGUUCCGUCCAGAAACAAGAGGAUAGAAGACGCCAACAGAUCCAAGUCACAACUAACACUUGCUGGAUCAGAAUCCGGCGAAUCAGAUCCCGGACAGGAUGUAGAAAAGUUGUCCAAACAUUCAGAUUACGAUCAGGGAUCUUCGAACCUGAAUAUGGAGUCACCGAGACAUAGCGUAGAUUCAAGCUUCAACAGACGCCUUGAGGAUACAUUCAAGAAGUCCGACAACAUCGAUAUGAGUGGAUCUAUUCAUAGUCUUGACCCCAUCAGGUUGAAUGAAGGUAAUUUUGUAAGGAGACUGUCAGCGGCAUCCAUCCACAGCGGGGGUGGUGACGAUGCGCUCAUUAGGGCUUCUCUAAGACGACGACCGCAUAAAGCCGUUCCGCCUACACAUAGAAAUAGUUUUCAAGGACUGGAAGCUGAUCCUAGCCUGCCUGCAGCUUCAAAUCCUUCCCCGGUCUUUGGAACAGCAGGAACCCGCAGAACGGUUUACUUGGCCGAGGAUAACCCAGAAGUUAACCUGAAUAGCAAACCCCAGAGCACUCCGAUCAAAGAGAAUCCCACUUACUUGGUAUACAAUAGAAUAUCAACAGUCAUAGGAGACGGUGCCUCUCAGAGUAACAGUGAUAGAUUAAAUGACAGAUCCGUGCCGGAACAAUCCAGGAACACAGAAGAAAAUCCAGUAGAGCGAGAAGCUUCUAGAGAUAAGUCCGUCAACCGCAAGGAUGUCAAUGAAUCUUCUAAAGAAACUGCCAUUUGGUACGAAUAUGGGUGCGUUUGAAAAGUAAUCGACUAAAGGUUGCCUUAUAUUUAUGUAUUAGUUGUACGUACACUUAUAGUGUAUCCAGUAUUAAUUUGCAUUUAUUUCACAUUUGAAUUAUCAAUGAAGUGAUAUUACUAUUGGUAAUUAUAUGAGAUUAACUCGAUUUGAGGCUAAACAUUUUGCUUGUAAAUAAAAUAAACCUAGUGUAAUUGAUAUGGGAACAUUGGAGUAUUGAAUAUUUGUAGGAAGGAUGCCUUGCCAGUUUUCUGUGAACCAUGUAUAGCUGUUAUAUGAGUUGGUGACAUUCAUAAUAUUGAUGGAACUAGUGAUUUAUGGUGAAUAUCUUAAUAACUUUUAUAGUACAAUUAAUUUUUUUUAUUUUUUUUUUAUUAUAUUAUAUUAUAUAGUAUUAUAAAUUUAAAUUUUACAUGUUUUAUAACAAAAUUAACCCCCAGUGUACCUUGUGAUUAAUGAAAUUUGUAACCAUCACUCCAUUAUUACAAACAAACGAGUGGAUUUAAUUCAAUGUAACAUGUACUCGAUGGGUGUGUUAUGAGAACGGCAUAGAUUUUUUUUAAUUUUUCUAGUACAAAUAGAUAGCUCAUUAAUAAUUUACAAUGUAUUAUAGACAACUAAAUAUAAUUCCUAUAUUUUAUUUAAGACUGCAGGAUGUUUGAUAUGUUUUUUUUUUUUUUAUCGAUGACAUAAACACAAUGACAUUUUAAUUUUUUUUUUACAUUAAUGUUAUGAUUAAUAGACUGAUCAGUUGAAGUACCAAUGUGUCCAUUAUUUUCAUAAAUCCUACAUGGUUAUUUUCCACAGCACCGCCUCUCAGGUUUUCCAACUAGGGUAUAGGAUGGGUUCUAAAUGAUGGUGCUUCGUUUAACUUAUAGAUAUAACGCUACAUCAUGAACAAAUUAAGAUGUCUCAUUAUCUAAUGUAAUGUCUUUACGUAGCUAAAGCCUCUCACCGAAUUACGUAUUAUAGCACAGUUCUUCCCAAUAAACUAUUAAAACUA